AUGGCGGCCGUACGGGGCCUGCGAGUGUCGCUGAAAGCGGAGGCCCCAGCGGGGCCGGCGCUGGGGCUCCCGUCGCCUGAGGCAGAGUCCGGUUUGGAGCGUGGCGAGCCGGAGCCCAUGGAGGUGGAGGAGGGCGAGCUGGAGGUCGUGCCGGUGCGGCGCUCGCUGAAGGAACUGAUACCGGACACAAGCAGAAGAUAUGAAAACAAGGCUGGCAGCUUCAUCACUGGAAUUGAUGUCACCUCCAAGGAAGCAAUUGAAAAGAAGGAACAGCGAGCCAAGCGUUUCCAUUUUCGAUCAGAAGUAAAUCUUGCCCAAAGAAACGUAGCCUUGGACCGAGACAUGAUGAAGAAAGCAAUCCCCAAAGUGAGACUGGAGACGAUCUACAUUUGCGGAGUAGAUGAGAUGAGUACCCAGGAUAUCUUUUCCUAUUUUAAAGAAUAUCCUCCAGCUCACAUUGAAUGGUUGGAUGAUACCUCUUGUAAUGUGGUUUGGCUGGAUGAAAUGACAGCCACCCGAGCCCUUAUCAAUAUGAGCUCUCUGCCAGCCCUGGAUAAGAUAAGAAGCAGGGAUGCCAAUGAGGACAGGUCAUCUGAGAAAAGUAAAAAAGAUAAGCAGGAAGACAGCUCAGAUGAUGAUGGGGCUGAAGAAGGAGAAGUUGAAGAUGAGAACUCAAGUGAUGUUGAGUUGGACACGUUGUCUCAGGUAGAAGAAGAGUCUCUGCUAAGAAACGACCUUCGUCCAGCCAACAAACUUGCUAAAGGCAAUAGGUUGUUCAUGAGAUUUGCUACAAAAGAUGACAAAAAGGAACUUGGAGCCGCCAGGAGAAGUCAGUAUUACAUGAAAUAUGGAAAUCCAAAUUACGGAGGCAUGAAAGGAAUUCUUAGUAAUUCUUGGAAGCGAAGAUACCAUUCCCGUCGCAUUCAGCGGGAUGUGAUCAAGAAGAGAGCCCUGAUUGGGGAUGACGUUGGCUUGACGUCCUAUAAACACCGACAUUCCGGACUGGUGAAUGUUCCUGAGGAACCCAUUGAAGAGGAGGAAGAAGAGGAAGAGGAGGAGGAGGAGGACCAGGACAUGGACGCAGACAACAGGGUGGUGGUAGAAUACCACGAGGAGCUCCCAGCUGUCAAGCAGACUCGGGAGCGGAGCGCAUCUAGGCACUCCAGUGCCAGCAGCUCAGACUCAGAUGAAAUGGACUAUGAUCUAGAACUGAAAAUGAUUUCUACUCCCUCACCAAAGAAAAGCAUGAAAAUGACUAUGUAUGCUGAUGAAGUGGAAUCUCAGUUGAAAAGCAUUAGGAACUCCAUGAGGGCAGAUACUGUAUCCACAAGCAAUAUCAAAAACCGAAUCGGUAACAAAUUACCAACUGAGAAAUUUGCAGAUGUCCGACAUCUGUUAGAUGAAAAACGCCAGCACACGCGUCCACACCACCUGGGCAGCAGUGCUAAGUCAGACAUACGCCAGAGGCUAGGAAAGAGACCAUAUUCUCCGGAAAAGGCUUCUGGUAGUAACCCGGUCGUUCGGAGAGAGCCCUUUUCUGAUGUACAUAGUAGGCUAGGUGUUCCCAGGCAAGAUGUUAAAGGCCUCUACUCUGAUACUCGGGAGAAGAAAUCAGGUAGUUUAUGGACUCGCUUAGGAUCCGCACCCAAGACCAAAGAAAAGAACAUGAAGAAAGUGGAUCACAGGGCGCCGGGCACUGAGGAGGAUGACUCUGAGCUGCAAAGGGCGUGGGGGGCUCUGAUCACGGAGAAAGAACAGUCUCGCCAAAAGAAGAGCCGGUUAGAUAACUUACCAUCUCUUCAGAUUGAAGUUAGUCGGGAAAGCAGCUCUGGUUCAGAGGCAGAGUCCUGAUGCCCUUGGGGCUGAGGGCAGCUGCCCCAAAGCCUGCCAUUCCUCCGCGGGGUGGGGCGCACAGAAGGAGCCUCCCCCUGCAGGAGCUGGCGCCCCUCCUGCUCUUACACAGUCACCCUCAGCUCUUGCUCCUCCAGCAAGACAUCUUAAGAAUGUGACAUGUUUGAAGGGCAUCUAUCUUUUGCUGCAGAGUUAUAGUUCUGGGCCCUCAAUUCUUUUCCCACCACCCCACAAGCUUUAACCCUUUGAGGGAAAGGCAGCCCUCCAAAUUUUGUAGACAUUUUUCUUAAUAUUUUUAACAUGUGUCUUUUAAAAGAAAUGUUUUACACAAUUCAUCCAAAGAGCAGAGAACUGAACUUCUCACUAUUGCCUUGGCCCUGACAGCUGUUACCAGCACCCUUUUCCCAAGAAAAGUCAAUUCCCAGGUGCUUAUUGGACAGCCUUCGAGGGGGAAGAUGAGGGAAGCUGCCAGCUCACUCUUCCAGGACCCUAGUGUGGGGUCGAAUCUCAUGGACCUGACCUCAGAGGUGCACCAGUGCCGCCAGGUAGAUAAGAGACGCAGCGUCGGUCAUGCUUCCGUUCUUCCCCGGGAAUUUCUGUCAGGGGCCCCUUAUUAGCCAUCAGCUUGAGUGAAGACCCAAGUUCAGUGCUGUGGGAUUUUUAGGAACAAAAAACUGUGACUUCUGGAUUUGGGGUGAAUUUUUGUGCUAGGGGCAGGGUCAUGGGUUAAUGUUGAAUAAUUUUUAAGUCUGUAUUACGUUUAAAAAAUAUUGAUUUAAAAGUUUAAAUUUUUAAUUUUUAUAUGUGAAAGUACUUCCUGUUGGCUACAAAGGAAGCUCAAGUGGUGUCUUCUUAUGUGCUGUUAAAUAUAUAUUAUAUACUUUGGAAGAAGGCAAAGAGAGGAGUCUCAUUAUUUUUAAAUGAUCCUAAUUGUAUAAUCUGUUGUACAUAGAAUUCAACUUGCUUUUUUGGCCACUGUAGGAAAAAGAAUCUGUCCAUCUGAGAUGGGGGUCCUGUAGUUUAUUAUUACUUGAGAAGUGAUACAUUGAUAUUUAUUCUUUCUGUCUCCAAGUUCUGGCACCUAAAGAUAUCUUCAAAACUGGCAAGUAAGAUAAUAGUUCUAGAAAUUUUAGUUCAUUUAUUUCUAAACUUCUUACAGAUUAUUUUACCAUGGAAAGACAGUAGAUGAUUUUGUCUUUCUGUCUGAUUUUUAUUUUGAAGUAUUUAAUGUUUGUAUUCCUCUGCAGGCUUAAGAAUAGUCUUUCACUUGAAUUCACUAAAACUUAGGACUUGGAGAUAAGUCCCCUUUGUGAUGUCUCAGCUCCUCACCUUUCUGGUGUGUUUUGGUAGCCUAUACAGCCCUGGAUCCUGGGCAUCUUGUAGCUGAACUAAUAGUCAUGUUGGUAGUUAAUUACAGUGCAGUGUGACUAAAUGCAGAACACUGCUGUGAAUAAAGUAAAGGGCUGUGGAACUCAUGGAGGAUAUGUUCGUGCCUCCUAAUAAGAUUUUAGUAAAGAGAUGGUUCUGGUUUCUCUGUCAGCUGAGACUUGAAGUUUUUGAGAUUUCUCAGCCCCGUGUAGCACACGGCUGAGAGCCAAGUUCUUGAGGAGGUCAGGGGAGUUGAGGAGCUGGUAGAGUAAGAAGUACAAGGGCCUGAGAGAGACCUGGAUGCCAACCCCUGCCUCUGCUCCGUGGGCCUGGGCCUCAGUUUCCUCAUCUGGCAAAUGGAUGGGCAGGUAACCAGAGCUUCUGGCUCUGUUGUGCAUCCAGCAGUGUUCUGCUCUUCCCCAAGCUAUGGCUGCGGUGAGCAGGCUAGCGCUUGUUUCUGUGGCAGGUUGGGGGAGGCUUGAGGGGACAAUUGAGGAAGUGUAUGAGGUUGUGGACAGGGAUUUACCCCAUCCCAUCCCCAAAUAGUCUCUGGGUCUUCUAGUGGGACAGAGAUGUCCUGUGGUCAGGGUCGCAAUUACUGUAGUCUCUGCGGUUUUCAUAAAAUGCUUCCUCUUGGACUUCCCUUUGUUUCCCAGUCAUGACGCUUUUGGGCCUGUCUGUCCUAUGGCCUUUUAGCCCUGGCCAGUCUCCCUUUCUGGAAGGGUAGUGGUGUGUAGUCAAAACUAGCUCUUGGAUCUAUAAGAAAAAUGCCUACUUCAGCAUCCUGCAGUUCUCACAGAGAACCCAGAAAAGUAUCUUCAAAGAUUUUAUUUCCCAAAGGUAUAGGCCUUGGCCUCUUGUGCUGUCCAGUCACACUCAGGUACUCAGGUCUUGCAACAUCUUGGCCACCCCUGAAGGCCCAGGCCCUUUCUGUGGAUUUUGGGGGCAAGGGUGGCAGUCAGGACAGUCCCCUGGCAGGCAGCUCACCUUGCUUCUCUCCCAGGCACUCUUCGUGCAUAUGUAUACAUGAUACAGUACCACACACUUUUCUGUAGUCCUCUCAGUCUCUGUGUGGAUAAAAUUUAAAUAUAUUUUUGCUGCUUGAUAAUAAAUGCAGGUACCUCAGUUCUGUUUCCCACUGUCCCUCUUGGGAGCAGUAUCAGCUACCCAGGAGAACUUGGGGAACCCACAAGAUGGAACCUCCCCUCCCCUGGCCGCGUCCAGGCCAUCUCAUGAAUCCCUCCCUUAGUUCUACCUCUUGUUGUCUCCCCCUCCAUCCCCGGAACUGGUCUCUGCCCUGUCUCUCCAUUCUACACGCUGCAGCUGGGGUGAACUUUUGUUCUUAGCAGCUUCUUUGAGAUGUCAUUUACAUAGCAUACAGUUUACCUAUUUGAAGUGUGCACCUUCAAUGACUUAGUAUAUUCACAGAAUUAUGCAGCCAUCACCAUGAACAAUUUUAGAACAUUUUCAUCACCAAAAAGCAAUCCUGAACCUACUGGCAGGCAUUCCCAGUUCCCUUUCCCCCCGCAACCACUAACUGACUUUCCGUCUCUAUAGAUUGGCCUGUUCUGAACAUUUCCUAUAAGUGAAAUCAGACUCUUUAUGGCUAUUUGUGACUGGCUCCUUUCACUUGCAUAAUGUUUGCGACUUCAUCAGUGGUGUAGCCGGUGUCAGCACUGCGUUCCCUAUUGUUGCUGAGUGAGGGACCGCUGCGUGGGCACAUUGCUUUUUGUGUAUGCGUUCACCAGCUGGUGGGGUUUGGGUUGUGUCCACUUUUUGGCUGUUAUGAAUAACACUGCUGCAAACAUCCAUGUACAAGUUUUUGGGUGGAUGUAUGUUUUCAUUACUGGGUCAUGAUGGUAACUCUGUCUUUAACUUCUUUAAGAACUGCCAGACUGUUUGCCUCAGUGGCUGCAUCAUCGUCCAUUCCGCCCGCAGUGUACGAAGGUUCCGACUCUUUCAUCUCGUCAUCAGCACUUAUCAUUGUUGCAGUGGUAUCCGUCGCAUUUGGGUUUGCAUUUCCCUGAUGACAUGUGUCAUUGGCAACUUUUCAUGUGCUUCAGGAAGAGCUUUCUUAAGAAAGUUGUUCCUGUUAUUUCUCUGUUUAAACCCUUUCCAAAACUUACCCAUUUCCCUUGGGGUACAUUCCGGACUCCUUUGAUAGCUCACAAGGCUGGUCAGUUUCCAGCCUCUGGCAGUGUCUCUGGCCUGUUCCCCCAUCGUCCCUUGCCUGCUGCUCCCUAGUGCCCAGACCCAUCUGGAUCUCACCAGCCUUCCGGACUCAGCUCACUGCAUUUCUGCCACAAUGACACACUCCUCUGGGCCUUUCCUUCCUGCCUCAGCCUUGCCUCCUCCCCAAGGACUUAGAGGCUGCUCGAGACCCAGAGCGGGGCUAUGGGCACCUGCUAUGUGUCCCAUAGUACACCGCCAUGCAGGAGUCUUGGCUUAUUCCAGGGUGAGGUUAUAAAGUCAGGCCUAAUAAAAAUUGAGUGUAAAUUCUUCUUGGAAAGCCUGAGGAAGUUGCCAUGUUGAAGGCCAGUGUCACUAGGUCCAGUGUGGUUGGCUCCUGCCAGUGUGGGAAUAGAUCAUGGUUUCUUUGGCUGAGCACCAGAUAGAGUGGUUGGCCUGCAAUUAGGGCUAUGUUGUACAAAAAACACUUACUUUUAGGUGUUAGACUCACACUCAGGCAAGUGGCUCACUUUUGAAGAGGCUCUUGGGAAUGAGAUGGGUCACAGGAGCAGCAGAGGCACAAGACAAGCUUGCUUCAGGCCCUCCUGCCUGUCUGUUCAGUGAGUGGAGGAGCAGGUGGAAUGGCCCAAAUGACUUAAAAUUGUUUUCCUUUCUCCUUGUCUUUUUUUUUUUCUAACUUUUUUAGACAAAUACCAUGGUGUUUGCCUAAGGUGAAAUGUGUGUAUAAUGCCAAAUCUCUGUACCCUCCCCACCAGCCCAGCAUACCUAUACACUGGAUUGUAAUUCUCUGUUUCUAUUUUGUGUUUUUGCUACACUGUAAGCUCUGUGAGAGCAGGGACCUUGUGUGGCUUAUUCAUAGGGGUUUCCCUAGUCCUAGUAUGAUGCCUGGCACCAGGCAGGUCGUCCAUUGAUGUGUGAUGAAUGUGUAAACCCCCUAGCUGCAGACCAGCUCCAUUCUGAGGCCUGGGGUCUUCUGGGAUCCUGUUAUAUAGGUUAGGCCUCAUUUUUCUGCCUUGUACACAUAACACUUUUGUUUUCAUGUUUUAUUCUCCCUGCUAGCCUGUGAGCUCCUAAGGGGCAGAUGUCCUUAUGCUGUUACCUGUUUUCUUACCACAUCAGUCAGAGUAAGUAGUGCUUCAAAAGGGUCUGGUGAAUGAAUGAGUUACUGUAAACGAACCCAGCUCUGGUACCUUUGUCUGUAGGCUGGUCUAACUCUAGCUGAGACAACCACAUUCAAAAAGAGGAAGAUUAUUCAGAAGUACAUAAACUGUACUUAUAGAAGAAGAAAAAUCUCAUUAAUUAGAUCUUCAUAAAAUCUAAGUUUGGUAUGUGGCCGUAUCUGAGCUGAAGCUUACUGAACUCUAUAAUGAAUUUGCUAGAGAAUCAUGCAUAGUUCAGAAUAUUUUUUAGAAAGCAUUUGUCUGUCUCAGGAGAGCAGGAAAGGAAGCUGGCAGGUGGAUAAAAGGCCCAAAGAGGGACUGCUGAGCCUUUUCUAGCCUCUGGUCCUAUUGUUGAGGAAAGUGACAGCAGUUCAAAGAAGGUGGGAAGAAACAAUUCAUUCCCGGCAGCAGCUCUUUUGCCUAAAACAGCAUUCCAGACCUCACAUGGAGCAUUCUUAAAUUUUGGUGAAAUGCUAAUAGGCAGUUUGGAUUAAAGUCAACAGCAAACUCUGCCUUCACAGAUUAAUUGCUGUAUAAAUAAGUUUGAUGUAUAAGCAUUUACUUUUAAACCUUAUAUAACAAGAAGUAAAGAGAAAUUAAACUGUUUUUUUUUUCUUUUAAGAACUAAAAGGACAGUGUUUUUGCGAAUCUUGAGAAUAGUAGAUUUGCUCCAAGGUGAAUUGUUAUUGUAUUAUCUGACCAACACUAAUCUAGAAUUCUUACAUGUUUAUAAAAUAAAUCUUAGAAGAAAAAAUACUGUAGUAUUUUAAAAAAUGAAAUUCUGUUAACAUUUCACAGAACUUUGAUGUUUCUGGGAGCAUUUAGGGAAAUGCUGGCUCAAAAGCCUAUUUCAAAUAGCUGUGAGGUGUUGAAGUGGGAUUUUGCUGUGCUGUAAAUAAAACUCUCAAGUAUGGGUGGUAUUUAACCUGCCAAAGUCAAUACUCUGCCCUGGGCUCUUAUCUGCUUUUGUUUGAGCAAUUUUAGAGGCUCCAACAGUGGAGACUGUCUGUCACCCUCGGCCCUGGACCAGUGCAGGUUAGUGAGGGUAGGAUGCCCAUACCAUUGGCAGGAGAGGAGACCAUGCCUUUUGUCCCUUUUUGGGUUAUUGUGUGUUUAAUCCUGUGAUACAUCUCUUCUUGUCAUUGGCAAGGUUUCUCAGAGGGCCUUUGAGCAAAAGGCAGCACUUUUAGCUCAGGUAGAGUGUCUUCUUGGAAUGGUCAAAUAGGAUGGUGCUGGGGCUGGGCCUGGAGCCCUGGGGACUCAUUCUGUCUCACAUAUAAACUAGAAAAGCCUGAGCAAGUCCCUUCACCUCUCUGGACCUCGGUUUUCCUGUCUGUUAAAUGAGGGGCUUGGCUAGGAGGAUCUCCAGGUUUCCUUUUAGUACUAAUAUGAAUUCUGUGUUUUUGCUGUACUUUCCCAGGGAGCGUCAGGAGUGUAUGUUGGGCAGGAAGGAGUUGGCGGCUGGCAAGAGAACUCAGUCCUUGGACCCUUUGUUCCAUGACUCUGUACCAUCCCCAUCCACAGCCUUUCAGUUGUGAAAGGACCAGAGGAUCACUUGCUCCCUCCCCACCAAGCCCCCUCCCAACACACACACACAGACACACACACACACAGAGCAGUUGUGCAUUAGUUCAGGCCACCAUAACAAAAUACCACAGACUGGGAGGCUUGAACAACAGAAAUUUAUUUUCUCACAGUCUGGAGGCUGGAGGUUGAAGAUAGGGUACCAGCAUGGUCAGGUUCUGGUGGGGCCUAUCAUCCCCAUCAGUUGUGUAGGCAUGUAGAUGGCUGUCCUCUCACUGUGUGCUCAUAUCUCCUUUCCUUAGCGCAUGCACAGAGAGAGAGGUCUCUCUUCCUCUUCUAAGGCCACCAGGUCUAUUCAAUUAGGGUCCUACCCUUAUGAGCUUAAUUAUUUCUAAAGGCUGUUUCUCUAAAUAUUGUCACAUUGGGGGAUUAUAGUUUCAACACACAAAUUGGGUGGGGGGCCAGUUCAGUGCAUGGCACCCAGUAAUGUGAGGGUCCCAGUAUAUGUUUGUGCAGUGAGGCCCCUGCUUUUAAAAAGCUCACAAACUGGGAGAGAUUUAGACCCAUGGGUCUGAAGGCUGUAGGGUUGGUAGUGGUUCAGAGUACUGGUUCUGAAGGAAACAGAUCUACUUGAGUCCCAACUCUGCCACUUACUAGCUUUAUGGCCUUGGGCAAAUGACUGGAUCUCUGUGUCCAAGCCAUCUUCCUCCUCUGGGAAGUCAGGGUAGUUGAAUAGGGUGGCUGUGAGGAUCAGGUAGGUGAGGGCUUGCCUGGGAGGCCCUGGGCACUGAGUCUGGUGCCCCCUCCUGUGCACUCGGCCCAGGGUGGGGAUUCCUGUUGCUCAGUAGGCCCCAAGCUCCCCUUUGCCAGCUCUCCUCCUUGCGCUCCUGUCUCUAGUCUCAGUCAUGUCCUCACUCUUCCAGAGUCCCUCUUCCCAGCCUGCUAGGCCUCAGAGGACAAGUGGUAAUUAGAAACAUGUCUUGCAUCUGUCCAGAGGCUGGGAGGUAAGACCGUGGGGACAGCCCCCUCCGUUGGCGAGGACAGACACCAGGGCUUGUGUUACUCUUGGGACCAAACUGUUAGUUCUUUCACCUCAGGCUGGACAAAUCUCCACCCCAUGACUUUUAAAACACUUUAUUUUGAAAUAUUUCAAAAUUACAGAACAUUGCUAAGGUACAAUAAUGAACACAUUGCCACGUUUUAUCAUCUGAUUCUCCUCCUUCCCUGUUGGAGAGUUACCACGCCCAUCGUGUCCCUUUAUUCCUAAAUAUUUUAGUGCCCGUUUCCUAAGAACAAGGGCAGUCUCCCAUAUGCCUGUGGUAUGGGUGAUCACAUUUGUGAAAUGUGAGGUGUUUUUUUUUUUGAGAGGUAUCUCUCAUAUUUAUUGAUCAAAUGGUUGUUAACAACAAUAAAAUUCUGUAUAGGGGGGUUAAUGCUCAAAAUGUGAGUUUUAUUUGAUCAGCACAGUAGUUCUAAUCUGCAGUUCUUGUUCAGUUUCACCAGCUGUCCCAGCAAUGUUUUUUAAAGCAGUUCUUUUUCUUGCCUGGGAUCCAGGCCAGGAUCACACACUGCAUCUAGUGUCUGUCUUUAGUCUCCUUUAAUCUGAGUCAUUUCCUUAGCCUUUCUUUUCAGAUAUUGACGAUUUUGAAGAGUCUGGUCCAACUAUGUUAUAUAGUUUAUAUAAUGUCCCUCAGGUUGGUCCUUUAAUAUUUAUUUAAAAUGAGUUGGGAAGCCAUGUCACAUACCUUUUGUGUGUACUUGCUGAACUACCAGGCUUGCAUGAGGUGCUGUGAGUGGGAGUAUUACACAGCACAGGCUGGUUCUGCCCUUGGGAUCAUAAGUUCGAGUUGUGGGGACAGCAGUUAUAUCAGAGGGCUGAAGGGCCCCUUGUGCACUCAUGAUUAGGGGUCUGCCAUGCUGGCACCAGCAAGCUCAGAUAAAUACAUUUUAGAUGAAUGCAGGAUGAAUCGGCAUUCCAGAAGUCUCCAGAAAAUGGCCCUGUACCGGUCCAGCACCCAGUCAUCAGCUUUGCCUGCUCUCCUGAAGUCCACACUCCAAACUCGAAGUCCUGCUUCUCAGAAGUCUCCAGCGAGCUACAGUCCUGGAUGUUGGCUUGUCCCUACUGCUGAUCUGUGGCCUGGGACUACUCUCUUCCCCCUCUGGGUCAGGGAUGGGGAGAAGAGCCCCUCAUGGUUCUGCCAAGUGCGCCUUGCACUCUGAACAAGUGAGUGCCGGGUUGGGAGAGUCACUGAGCUCUGGAGUGGUAGGAAGACAGGCCAGGAUUCUGGCCCGUGACAAGGUUAAGCUGACUCGGAUGGUCUUCAUUGUGAUCUGGCAGACAAAUCGUCCGACCUGGACCUUCACUUUUUCAGCUGUUUAAGUUCUCUGUUGGAAUGUAUACAGUGUGAAAAAUAGUGAAUUGUGAUCUCUAUUCAAAUAACCGUGUUCCAUCGGGAAACUAUCAUACCUGCUGUAGGUAUUUUGUCAGACCAAAGCGGACAAUGCAGAAAUGUUCUGAGUGUCAUCGAUCUUUACAGAGCUUUGGCCAAGCAAGUUUUCAAUGUGAGAAACAGAAUAAAAUUGAUUUUCAUCUAGUCA